UCCGGAUCCUUGCGAGCAGGGGUGGAUGGAGCCCCUGAGCCCGGCUCCCCGUGGUCUUGAGGUUCCAGCAGCAGCGAGGACAGCAUUUCCAACUCUAGGCCAUGAAGGUCGCCGUGUUGGACCUCGGGUCUCUCUUUUCCAAAAUCUUCAAGACCUCGACGGCGUCCCCAGCGUCCCAGGCGGUCCCCUCCCCCGUUGUGUCCUCCAGCAAAUCCGAAGGCGCUGCCAUCGCGGGGCCGGCGGGCACAGCGCUGAGCAUGGCCCCCACCCUGCCCCUCCUCCCCGCCUUGGCGCCCGACUCCCCCUGCACCUCGCGGGGGGCGCCCGCCGCGCCCCAUGCUCUGCUCACCGCCUCCUCCCCCAGGGUCUCGGUCGCCGGCCGCGCGGCAGAAGCAGUAGGGACCCCCUUGUCCCUGCCCAGUAGCCCCAGAGCAGCCAAAGUCCAGUCCCUGCCCCAGGACCUGCCCCUGGCCCCUUGGGGCGGUGGCUGCAGAGCUGAGAGCUCCCCCGCGCACCUGGGGGCUGGGGCGCGGUCGACCCCAGUCCCCAGCGGGGUCUGGGCGGCGCUGCCAUCCAUCCGGGGCGCCGUGGGUAGCAGCAGUUCAGUCUCCAGCCCACGGAACCCCCGCCAGCUUGGCCCCGGAGACCGAGAGCCCAGCGCUGGGAUGCCCCCCGGGCCUGGCCCCAAGACCCUCUUCUUCACUCUGCCGGGCAUCGGCGAGGAGUGGGCCUCGGACAGCGACUCGGAGGAGGCCGGACGCGCACGAGGACUGUCAGAAGGAUCUGGGAAACACAAUUUUCCUGUAAAAAGCAAAGAUCCUUUACCUACACAUUUUACAAGAAAUGUGCAGAAAGCCAUUGAUAAAUAUACCUGUGAGCCCCUGUCAUCAUUUUCAUCCAGUGGAAGCCCCACCCCCACAGAAGCCCACAGCUCUUGGUCCGGGUCUGGGACGCAGAGUUCAACCUCGACCACGGGUUUAUCUACCGAAAGGAGCUCCAUUUGCUCAUGGAGAGAUGAAGAGUUUGACAAAGCCAGUGCACAGAAAGUACAGCAGUUAUUCUGGGAGGUUGAGGAAAUGUUAUUUGAAGGGAAAGUGAGCCCACAGACCCAGAACCUCAUGGCUGAAUGCAGCGAGUGGGCGAGACGAUCCAUCCAUCUGAGAGUAUUAGGAAGACAGGUCAUCCUGCCAACCGAUGAAGGGGUCCGCCACUUCCAGGGCAGCGAGCCUCGCUCUGCAGGUCACGAAUCCUCCCCGGAUGCUCGUGAACACAGCAGCCACAUCAGGCAGCUGUGCAUCUCCGGCUCUCAAAUACUCCCAGCAGCACUUGCAGCUCCGGCCCUGCCAGGUCCCAACUGCACAGAGGUGGCUGACCUAGCGGCAUGUUCAUCCCUGCAGGAAGAGAUCUAUGAUGUGGAUGGAAAAAUUGAAGAAUAUUUCGCUUUUGACCGAAAAGAAGAAAUGGAUUUUGUCCUUAGUGACAAUGAACAACUUGAACAGAAAUCAGCUCACCACUGUGGGAUGUGGCGCAAGCAUGGACUUCCUCCCAUUUCCCCUCAUGACUGUAUCAAAGACGCUGUGGCUGCAGAAGUGUUCGAUCACAUCUGGACAAAUGUGGUAGAAAUUCUGGAAGAGUUGAUUAGAAAAAACUGGGAAGUUACACUCACAGGAAGAAGCAAACAGAAAGAAAAAUUGAAAGUUGCUGAGGCUAAAUCUCCGCAGGGACUCAUUUCCCGUAUUAACACUGAUCUAAUGAGUGUUCCCCCGUCCAGAAGUUCUGAAGCUCAAAGCAUCUCACUGGCUUUUCAUCAUAAUACCCCCCAGAUCCAUCGCUUCUCCAACAAUUUUUAUAGUGAUUUGGAUGGUGUGAUGACAAUUCAAGCAAAACCACUUCAGCAGAGACCGACCCAUUUUGCAGACAGGACGCAGAAUGAACAAGAGGACAAAUCACUGAGUGUUGGGGCUAGUAGCCUUUCUGCGGCUCGCCAUCGUCUGGGACGAAUCUCAGACUCCUGCCGACUACAGACUCCUGCAAAGAAAACACCGGUACACAGGAGGCUGCCUUCUCUCCCUUCGGACUCACAGAGAAUGAAAACCCCCAAUGUGGACAGUGAGGAGGUGCUUAGGGGAACAAGACUGCAAACUGGCAUGGACCACAUGUCCUCCCCACCAGUCCACACCGCACGGAGCAGGUUACCCCCCAUAGGCCCCGAGCCUGCUGAGCAGAAGGUGGCAGUUCCUGGAUCUCGGCCUGUCUCUUACAGAGGAAGGCAUGCACAGAACCAUGUUUUAAGUGCAAUACCCGAUAGUGUAGAACGAUCACCUCUUCGAGAAAGAUCUCUGACUGUGGAACAGUUUUCAAGGCCCAGCACAACCCAUACGUUCCGAUCAGACACCCCUCGAAAAGGUUCAUUGACUCUGAUGGAGUUUGCUGGUCACACCUGGGCAGGUCAAGGUUUGCUGACAGGUUCGCGGUAUCCACCCAGGUCUUUUCAGAGGACAACUCCGACUUUAAGAAAGAGAUUCCAAGUGGCAUCUUGAUGUUGCUUCCCCAGAAUUGCAGCCUUUGCUGGGCCACCCAGCGCCUCUGCGACCACUUGUCACUUGAAAAACAGAAGAACAAGUAUUAUAGUAUGUGUCUGUUAGCACAGCAGUCUGUGAUAUUGGACUGUCUGAGAGAAAUGCAGUCAAAUAAACAAUUUAAUUGUGAACUUUGCAUUGUAAACACAAUACAAGUCAGGCUUAUCAGUCUUCGUCAUGGGAAGCAUUCCAACAUGGAACCUUUAGGCUUUGCUCAGAGGAAUCUGUGUUUAUAAUCCAUCCUUUUAUCAACUAUACACACACACAAAAUUAGUGUAUGUACUCAUGCACUAUUUAAUAUAUAUAGUAAUAUGCCAUUUUUUAACUUUGUGUCUUGACAUAUUUUUUGUGUCUCAUUCCAUGAUUAAUUCCAUCAAAAUCCUAAUCACGAAUAGGUAUUAUUUUCUUCUUGAGAAAAUAGCAGAGUCAUCUUGGAUACCAUGUGCCAGUCGAAGAUUGGGGCUGUUCUGGUCAGUGUGCUGACUUUCUCAUACCCUUUUAAAAAGUAGAUUAGCCCUGACCGGUUUGGCUCAGUGGAUAGAUCGUCGGCUUGCGGACUGAUAGGUCCCGGGUUCGAUUCUGGUCCAGGGCAUGUACCUUAGUUGCAGGCACAUACCCAGUGGGGAGUGUGCAGGAGGCAGCUGAUCGAUGUUUCUCUCUCAUCGAUGUUUCUAACUCUCUAUCCCUCUCCCUUCCUCUCUGUAAAAACUCAAUAAAAUAUAUUUUUAAAAAAGUAGUUUAGUCAUGAACCUCUUUGAGGGACGUCAGUGGUGAAGUCUCCCAAGGCCAUUUUGCUAUACUAGUUUUCAUGUUCAAGUUCAGGUGGUCUUUUCAGAAGUACCCCCAGUUUAUUGAUUUUUGAAAACAAAUGAUUGAUUUGAAUUAUGAACAUAAACAUAAUUAAAAUAUUUUGCAUACGGUUUCA